UAUCGCUUUUGAGGGACUAUUUAAAGAUCGGAGUUCAAAUUUCAAAAGCAGGUUUCCGUUUUCUACAGAUAGAACGAGAGGGAAUGGAAGGAACUGAAGUGGAAGGAAGAGACAAGGAUCGAAAAUUGCAGAUCGCAGUUCGCCGCGCCAAAGCUGCGCUUCUGCUUUCUUCACUGAAAUCAUCAGUGAAUCGCGUCUUCGAAGCAGCAAACAACGACAAAUUUAAGACGCAGGUAAAGGAAAAGAUGAGGAGAGAGAUUGAAAGCCUGAGGGUGGAGUUGGUAAAGGAGCGAUUGAAGAUGAAGAAAAUCAAAUUCUGUGGAAUGGUGGAUCUGAUUCUUCAAGUCAUCUUGGUUAUGUUGAUUUCCAGUUUCUUUAUGAAGCUAGCACUUGAUUUCUUUAUCUUUGGUGAUGAAUCUUUCUUCUGUUACUCAGCAACCUAGCUUUCAAAUAUUUUUCAGUCAUUUUGGAGAUCGAUGUUAUGAACAGUAAUGAGAAAUUUCAGUUGUUUGAGUUAGAUCAAUUUGCCAAACAAAUUAAUCACUAUUAAUCUGUUGUUCAGUUUUAUGCUACAAU